AUGGAGCAAGAGACGCUGAGGCAGGAUGACAUUGGGCAUGAUAAAGAGGCCAACGGUCACAUAACAGAGGUCAACCAUUCGCCUGCAAACUCGAAUACUACAUUCGAUGGCUCCAAUUCUACCCCGUUUAUCCAGCCUACCGCCCACUCCCACCCAGCACCUCCAAAGACCCUCACUCCAGACCAAGAAGCCAAAUACGCCUCCCUCCUCUCGAUUGUCCAAUCAUGGACCGCCUUACCUACAUCGUCAACCCCUUCAACAGCCAGCAAAACCCCUCUAUCCGACAACGAACGCCUCUGGCUAACACGCGAGUGCCUCCUUCGCUACCUCCGCGCAUCGAAAUGGAACGAAGCCCACGCCAUCACCCGCCUGCGAGCCACCCUGGUCUGGCGCCGGGAAUUCAAUGUCGAGAGCCACACGGCGGACUACAUAUCCGAAGAGAACGCGACGGGCAAGCAGGUCAUCUUCGGCUACGACAACGAAGGCCGACCCUGCCUGUACCUGAACCCGCACAAGCAGAACACGAAGGGGCGGGAGAAGCAGAUGCAGCAUCUCGUCUUCAUGCUCGAGCGCUCCAUCGACCUGAUGCCGCCCGGGCAGGAGACGCUGGCGAUCUUGGUCGAUUUCAAGCAGAGUCGAAAGGGCGAGAAUCCUUCGGUGGCGCAAGGCCGGCAGACGCUGUCGAUCCUGCAGAAUCAUUACCCGGAGAGGCUCGGCAACGCUUGCGUGAAGAAUGUGCCGUGGAUCGUGUGGGGGUUCUUCAAGCUGAUCAACCCGUUUAUUGAUCCUUUGACGCGAGAGAAGAUGAAGUUCGAUGUCGAUAUGAGGAAGGUCGUGCCGCCGGAGCAAUUGAUGCAAGUCUACGGUGGGGACGUGGAAUUUGAGUAUGAGCACGGGGUCUAUUGGCCCGCACUAAACACAUUGGCGGACGAGAGAAGGAGGGAGAUCAGGCAGCGUUGGGAGAGUGCGGGGAAGAAGAUUGGCGAGAGUGAAAAGUAUCUCAAGGGCGUGGGGGUCGCCGUUGGCGGCAGUGGGGAAGCGUUGGAAGAUGGGAAAGCGGGGAGCGCCGUUAUGUGA